AUGAAGUCCAGGCGAGAUAAACUGAAGAUCCCCUCUCUGACUUUAGAUUUGUCCCCCACUUGCCAGAGCCCGACCCUCCUGAGCCCCUGCAGCCCCUGCAGUCCCUGCAGCCCCUUGCAAACCCUGCAUCCCUGGAGCUGUCGCAGCAGCAACAGGAAGAGUCUCGGUGUUGGGACACCCUCACCCACGCUCUCACGGCCACUUUCCCCACUCUCCCUCAACACAGCUGUGAGCAGCCCUCUAGACAGCCCUCGAAAUGUGUCAACCAGUGCCUGUCUCAACUUUCCAUUUGCCCGAAGUCACUUGGCUCGUGCUGAAAGAGCUGAGGGCCGACGAUGGUCUCUGGCUUCCCUUCCUUCAUCCGGCUAUGGAACCAAUCCGCCCAGCUCCACCGUCUCGUCAUCCUCGUCCUCCCAGGAGCGUCUUCAUCAGCUUCCCUACCAGCCGACACAAGAUGAGCUUCAUUUCCUCUUCAAGCACUUCCGCAGCACAGACAGCAUAACUGAUGAGGAUGGGAGGCCCUCUCCGGUCAUACGGCCUCGUUCAAGGAGCCUCAGUCCUGGAAGAUCAACGGUCUCCUUUGAUAAUGAGAUAGUCAUGAUGAACCAUGUUUACAGAGAGCGUUUCCCAAGGGCCACGGCCCAGAUGGAGGAGCGCUUGUUGGAGAUUGUCACCCAUUACUCUCCAGACAGCUCCCUCCCCUUGGCGGACGGCGUGCUGGGCUUCAUCCAGCACCAGCUGGUGGAGCUGGUCAGAGACUGUCUGGACAAGUCUCAGAAAGGCCUGGUUACUUCCCGAUAUUUCGCCGAGCUGCAGGAGAAGCUGGAAAAGCUGUUGCAUGAGGCCUUUGACCGCUCCGAAAGCGAGGAGGUAACCGUCAUCACCCAGCUGGUGCGGAAGAUCCUCAUCAUAAUCUCUCGGCCGGCUCGUCUUCUUGAAUGUCUGGAGUUUGACCCGGAGGAGUUUUAUCACCUGCUGGAGGCAGCAGAGGGCCAUGCCAAAGUGGGUCGGGGGAUUAAGACAGACAUCCCACGGUACAUCAUCAACCAGCUCGGUCUGACCCGAGACCUGCUGGAAGACAUGGUGCAGCUCGAACAUGAUGCCAGUCCUUUAGCUUCGGUGGAGCCAGAGGCUGCAGUAGAGAAUAAAGCCCCCCAGACACUGACUCCAACCCGAAGGAAACCUCUAGAGAGUGAUUUUGAGACCAUCAAACUCAUUAGUAAUGGAGCUUAUGGGGCGGUGUAUUUGGUCCGCCACAAAGAGACACGGCAGCGGUUUGCCAUGAAGAAGAUCAACCGCCAGAACCUGGUGCUGAGGAACCAGAUCCAGCAGGCGUUUGUGGAGCGGGAUAUCCUGACUUUUGCUGAGAACCCCUUCGUUGUCUCCAUGUUCUGCUCUUUUGAGACACGCCGCCACCUCUGCAUGGUCAUGGAGUACGUAGAAGGUGGAGAUUGUGCUAACCUGCUGAAGAAUAUGGGCCCUCUGCCUGUUGAAAUGUCCAGAAUGUACUUUGCUGAGACAGUUCUGGCACUGGAGUACCUUCACAACUAUGGCAUUGUACACCGUGAUCUUAAACCUGACAAUUUGUUGAUCACAUCCAUGGGUCACAUUAAGCUGACCGACUUUGGCCUGUCCAAAAUCGGCUUGAUGAACAUGACAACCAACCUGUAUGAGGGUCACAUAGAGAAAGAUACAAGGGAAUUCAUUGAUAAACAGGUGUGUGGCACUCCUGAGUACAUCGCUCCAGAGGUGAUUCUAAGACAGGGCUAUGGAAAGCCAGUGGACUGGUGGGCCAUGGGGAUCAUCCUGUAUGAGUUCCUGGUUGGCUGUGUUCCUUUUUUUGGAGACACACCUGAAGAGCUUUUUGGGCAGGUCGUCAGUGAUGAAAUCAUUUGGCCAGAAGGAGACGACGCCUUACCUGCGGACGCCCAGGACCUGAUCACUCGCCUACUGAGGCAGAGCCCUUUAGAACGACUGGGAACAGGUGGCGCCUCUGAGGUAAAACAGCACCCUUUCUUUGUGGGUUUGGACUGGAACGGACUCCUCAGACAGAAAGCAGAGUUCAUUCCUCAGCUGGAAGCGGAAGACGACACCAGUUACUUUGACACUCGUUCUGAUCGCUACCAUCAUUUGGCAUCUGAUGAAGAUGAGGAAACAAAUGAUGAAGAGUCAUCUUUAGAAAUCAGGCAGUUUUCUUCCUGGUCGCAUCGCUUUAGCAAGGUUUACAGCAGCACAGAACAUCUAGCAACACCGUCCAACCUCAGCUUCUCUUCAGACCGCAGCCACAGUGAAGAGAAGGAAGACCGCGGUGAUAUUGGAAGUCUGAAUUUGUCUCUGAGUCCAGCAGAUGGCUGUUUGGAGAACAGACACUCUGCACGCAUGGCCAGCCUUCGCCCGCGGGCCUCCUCCAGCUCCUCACAGUCUGAAAGGAGCGCCAGUCCACUGGUGAUGAGCAGCACCCACAGCCUGGAAACGAUGCCCCGCUUCGCCCUCUCCACCGAUGAUGAAGCUGAAGUGGUGGUGUCAAACCUCAGGAGGAUCAGGAUUCGCAGCAACAGCACCGGGGCAAAACACUCAUCCCCCAAGGACCCAGCAGGGCCUCGACGCUUCGGUAACCAGCUGGAGACACCGGACAGACAGAGGCCUCCCUGCGGAGGAAAGGUUCCAAAGUCUGCAUCCGUCUCAGCCCUGUCCCUCAUCAUCACUGCAGAUGACUCGCCGAGCGGCCUCCAGCCCAGUCCCAUUUCACCACGUUCACUGUCUUCCAACCCGUCGUCUCGUGACUCGUCUCCUAACAGGGACUUCUCCUUCAGCCCAGGCAGCUUAAAGCCUCCCAUCAUCUUCCACACCUCAGGAAAGAAGUACGGCUUCACUGUGCAAGCCAUCCGAGUCUACAUGGGCGACAGCGACGUCUACACCGUCCAUCAUAUGGUGUCGAGUGUGGAGGAGGGGAGCCCGGCUCACCAGGCAGGCCUCCGCACUGGAGACCUCAUCACCCACGUGAAUGGAGAGUCCGUACAGGGCCUGGUCCACCCAGAGCUGAUAGAGCUGCUGCUGAAGAGCGGAAACAAGGUGGCUCUGCAGACCAUAGCUCUGGAGAACACCUCAAUCAAAGUGGGUCCAGCCCGGAAGACCAAACACAAAGGGAAGAUGGCCAGACGCAGCAAGAAGAGCAGAAAAAGGGAUAACUAUGACAGGCGACGGACCAUCUUAAAGAAACUGUCCAAGCAGAGCACGGUGAUGCACAGCCGCAGCUUCUCCUCAGGUCUUCAUCACUCUGUGUCCUCCAGCGAGAGCCUCCCUGGCUCCCCGACACACAGCUUGUCCCCUGGUCCCUCUACGCCCUCCAGGAGCCCCGCACCAGAUCAUCAGGGCUGUGACAACAACUCUCCUCAGAGCACAUCACCUUGCUCCAGUUCUCCCAGUUCUCCCGCUACACACAUCAGACCCAAUUCUCUGCACGGUCUCGGCUCCAAGCUCAGCACUCAAAGAAUCACCAAAGUGGGCCGUCGGAAGUCGACCAGUAAUAUCCCACCAUCUCCUCUGGCCUGCAACUCUUCCUCAUCCUCCAACCAGCCUCUGUCGCCGCAGCGCUCUCCGUCCCCUCUGCCAGGCUUUGCCAAAAAUCUCCACACGUAUCACGGUAAAACCUUAUCGCCGCCCACCAUCGUCAGGCACAUCGUGCGGCCCCGCAGCGCAGAGCCCCCUCGAUCUCCAUUGCUGAAGAGGGUGCAGUCAGCUGAGAAGCUAUCUGGUGUUUACCUCAGUGAUAAAAAGUCAUACGCCCCCCGCAGGCAUACAUUGGAGGUGCCGUUUUAUUGCGAGGGUGACUUUCUGGCAGACUCUGAGGUAGAGGGUGGGAGCUUUUACAUCGGUGCAGACCACAGCAGGCUGGGAGGUUACAUGAGCAACCAAAGGUUGAGGGACUCUGGCAGCGAACGGUCGGAGCAGCUGGUGGUGAUGCGGAAGCUCAACCUAUCAGAGCGACGGGACUCUUUCAAAAAGCAGGAGGCGGUACAGGAGGUAAGCUUCGACGAACCGGAGGAGAAAAGCAGCAGCUGCUCGAUGGCGGGAACCGCCACAGCUCCAGGACUCCAAACGAGGCCCCUGCAGCAACAGAACAGGACAGGCUGGACGGGGAGUCGGCCACAGAGCAGAGAGGAGCUGGAGACGGAGGCGCCCGUCGUAAGGAGGUUCACCCUCGUUCCUCAGAUCGCUGUGCAAGGGUCGACGGAGAGCGAGGAGCAGGACGAGUGGGAGCCCUGCUCAGAUGGAGAGGAAGGAAACGAAGACCCCGAGCCGGACGUGUCUUCAUCCCAGCUGCAACAAACAGAGCGUCCCGCUUCUGAUCAGCACCAGGCAGCAGGAACAGCUCCGGCGGCUCAUCAGAGCGCAGAGAGGAGCGAGGAAGCCCAGCAAACACAACCACCCAGGAAGUGA